GUAUACGAGGAUCCAUCGAUAAGUAUUAGCAAACCAAUUCACUUUCGACAAAACCAAGGGUACACUAAACAGGGGAGUUUCAGUUUCAUUUUGACUAUUUAUUUUCAAAUGAUCACCCUGAUAUCAAUACCACAUUUUUCAGUACUCUCUUCCUGAUUAUUUUCGUCUAGGAAAGUAAGUCGAUUAAUUAUUAACUGCUCCUGAUACAAUCAAGAUGGCGUUCCGUACGAAAGUCGGUUCUUUACGCUAAUAAAAAUAUUCUUUUGUAUUAUAUAUUUUAUGUUUAAAAAUGAGUUCUAGAAGAUGGUUUUGGCCCACAAUCAGUGGGAUCGUGGCAGAAAAAUUGUUGAUGGAAAGAGGGGUGGAUUGCAGUUUUUUGGCACGACCCAGUUCCGGCAAUCCAGGAGAUUUUACAUUAUCCGUCAGGCGUAAUGGAGAGGUCAUACACAUCAAAAUACAAAAUUCCGGCGAUUUCUACGAUCUUUAUGGUGGUGAAAAGUUUGCUACACUCUCAGAACUUGUACAGUAUUAUAUGGAGAAGCAGGGCCAGUUGAAGGAGAAGAAUGGUGAUAUAAUCGAAUUGAGGUAUCCUUUGAAUUGUGCAGAUCCUACUACAGAAAGUGCCCGAAUAAAGUCAAGGGUACCUUUAACCCUUUACAAAUUUGGCGCCCGAGCAGGGACCGAUAAAAGCCGAGUGAGAUCGAAAGAUAAACCGAGGAAACCCGAGGAAAACCGAAGUCAGCUUUUCGUGAAUGUGGGCAAGUUAUUCCUGUUCAGCGAGUACUUUGGGUAG